AUGGUCAAAUUUGUGUUCAUCACCUUCCUGUUAUCGGUGGGGAUUGUGCUGGUUGUUGCCAGGCCAGGUCCGGAUGAUGCUGCGGCCACAAUCGUCCGGCAGGAACAAACAAACAAUCCGGAUGGAUCGUUCAGCUACGAAUUCGAAACCAGCAACGGGAUCAAGGCAAAUGCGGCCAGUACUGAUGGCGCUCGUAUUACCGGUGAAUAUUCUUACACCGGAUCGGAUGGAGUUCUCUACACGGUUCGAUACGUGGCUGAUGAAAUGGGCUUCCGUCCGGAGAUAAUCCGUGGUUAG